CAAGCUGAUAACCCUGGAUUCUCAACCAGGCAGGUUGAGGGGCUCCAGAGGGUUGAUGUAUUGCAGAGGAAACUGGCUUUUCAGUUUCCUCAUUUAUUCAUUAAGUCUGUUUUGGGAUCUGGAGCCUGGAGAUUUCAAAGAGAUCUGGGAGGGAUGAAAUCUUCAAUCCUGGGACCAGGUUUUGGUAAUGGCCAGGGCACUGAUUGUACAGGUGGGUGCAGGGCUUUUUGUAGAGGCCUAACCUAUGGUUCUGAGCUCAGGAGGGCUCACCCGGGCAGAGAGGGAGUCAGGAGGGCUCCACCCGGGCAGACAGGAGUCAGGAGGGCUCCACCCCGGCAGGCAGGAGGU